CAUUUUCUCGCAACUCUGCGGGGAGGAAAACACGGCGGCCACUCGUCUCCAGCUCGUCCUCAAGGCGCCCAGAGCGACCCGCUUCUCUGACCGUGACCGGCCGGGCCGCGCUCCCCCCAUCAUGGACGGAGACCCGCUGAAGGUGCUGGUGAGGCUCGCCCAGGACGGACGCCUGAGCUCCCUGGAGGAGCAGAUGACGCGGCUCGGCGGCUCGGCGGCGGCGGCUCGGGCCGUCGGCAGCAAACACUUCGGCCGGUCGGGAGACACCUUGCUGCACUACGCCGCCAGACACGGACACCUGGACGUCGUGGAGUACCUGGUCAAGUGUACAGGCGUGGACGUGGAGGUGUACAACAACGACUACAAGAGGCCGCUGCAUGAGGCCGCGUCCAUGGGUCACCGGGCUUGCGUCGGCUACCUUCUCCGGGAAGGAGCGAAGGUGGACAGUCUGAAGAAGGCUGACUGGACUCCCCUGAUGAUGGCCUGCACUCGGAGGAACCUCGAUGUGAUCCGGGAGCUGCUGCGUGGCGGUGCCGACCCCGCGCUGAGAAACAAGGACGGCUGGAACUCAUUCCACAUCGCCUGCAGGGAGGGGGAUCCUCUGGUCGUACAGCACCUGCUUCAGGCGGCGCCGGAUGUCUGGAGGACAGAGAGCAAAACGCGCAGGACUCCGCUGCACACUGCAGCGAUGCAUGGCUGCGAGGACGUGGUUAGGAUCUUGCUGGAGAGAUGUGGCUACACCCCCGACGGCAAAGACAGCUGUGGAGUCACUCCUUUGAUGGAUGCAGUCAGGAACGGACACAUCUCGGUGGCCAGGCUGCUGUUAGAAAACCACCAGGCGUCUCCAACAGCGGCUGACAAACUCGGGGCUCAGCUGGUGCACCAGGCUGCUGUCACCGGCCAGGACGAGGCCCUGCGGUUCCUGGUGCAGGACCUCGGCGUAGACGUGAACCAGAGAGCGACUGACGUCCAGCUCACCGCCCUGCAUUACGCUGCAAAGGAGGGCCACACGUCCACCAUAAAAUCACUACUCGAGCUGGGAGCAGAUCUUCAUGUCCGCGACAAAAAGGGAAGAACUGCUCUUCAUAUGGCUUGCAUCGGGCAGCACGCCGGAGCAGCCAGGGUGCUUCUGCAGCUCGGACUCAAAGACUCAGAGGAUGCAUCCGGCACGACGGCGCGGCAGCUCGCCAAGAAACCAGAUGUGAUGCAAGUGUUUAAAUGUGGCCGACCAGACGCAUCGUAAACGACACCCCGGUGAUACAGAUUUGCACUUGGUUCAGUUACUUUGAGGAAAGAAAAUAACCUGAAACAUUUAACGGGAUUGAAGUCAGUCAGUUUAGGUUGUAUGGAUUACAUUAAAUCUUUACUUGUAUUGUGGUGUGCAGUGGGUUCUUCAGCGACAGGACUGGGGGUAUUAGUCCCAUGACUGUUAUAUCUACAUUGGACCUGGCUUCGGUGCUGGUGACUUGGUCUGCACGAAGUCAAAAAAUGUCUCCAAAGAUAACCGAAGGCGGCCAUGGUUGUGUCUUCGCCAGAAGGUCAACCGCGCUGCUACGUGAGAAUAAGUACUUUGUUCGGAAAACGCUAUGCCGUGAAGUUUAUGAUGAUUGGACGCAUCACGCCUGUGUGUGAGUUCAUCUGAUUGUAUUUGGAUAUCAUCGGAAACCCUCUAGCUUGCCUCUAGUAGUCGCUGGGAUGUCUGACGCAGAAGGAAACCUAAGUUAUAGAUGUCGUCAGCGACCACCUCUGAUAAUUCCAGUCUUUUGGGCUGGCUGGUUCGUGUUACUGCGUAUGAAAAUAUGCUGUGUAUGCAUGUAAAUGUGUACGAAAUAAAUGCUCUGAACCUAUGUGAAGAAUAAUGUCACCAUGAAACUUUUUAGGGAGAUUUUCUUAAUUUUAGGUUUUAUCUUUGCCUUGAAUAUGUUAACGAGUUCUGAAAAUAAGAUGUUCACCUUCUGACAUGCCUGUACCACAGUUAUCAUCGGCUGACUGUAUGGCUCAUAACCAACCCGGUACACACUGACUUGGGACUUGAGUGAGUAAUACGGAGGCUAACGUCCCGACCGUCACUGGAUCUGCUUAACGGGUGUUUUGACCAUGAAGCUAGUCCGUGCUUUCAACGCAAACAGUGAAGGGAGACUACGUUGCAUUGUGCAUCAUUACUCUUCCCCUGUCGGUGGAGGUCUUGAUACGAGGUGAUAACGAGUUCCUGCUAAAAUAGGCGUUUUAAAAUGGGUAAAACAUCAGCGGGCGCUGGCGACCGGUGCAGUGUGGGAGUUAAACUCUUGGCGGGACAGUCAGAAUUUGUGAGUAUUCAACAAUAAAUAACACGAUGACAAAGAACUUCUAAUGCUGCCUGUGGUUAUAGGUCAUAUGGUUGGAAAACAAAACCUGUAAAACCUUUAAGAUACAUUUCAAGAAAAUGUGAACCAAUGGUAGAGUGAGAACUAAAGGUUUUAAUGCCUAGCUCUUAACAUAUAACGUGUCACGCACGGUCUCUCUCGGUAUUUAGGCCCUUUCGCGUGGGGCAGAGGGCAGC